AUAUCGUAAAAUUAGUGCUAUCUCUAAGAAUACGCGUCCGUCAAAAACAAACAACAAACAGAAAUAUACUCUCGAGCAAGCAAUAUAUCCGAAUGAAUACAAUUUUUUCAUUGUAAAUGUAAAACAAUACCACAAUUGUCAAAUACUGUUUGUCUAUACGCUAAUUUCGCUAAUUUUCUACAAAAGUAAAGAGAUCGUAAAAUGCAUCCAGGGCAAAUCGAAGUCAACGAAAUCACCGGCUAUUGGACAUUUCUGUUGAGCAUCGACUGGAAAGAUCCCUGGCUUAUAGCAUUGAUAUUGCUACAUGUGUUGACAACAAGCACAGCUUUGUUAACCCGCAACAACACAAACUUUCAAGUAUUCCUCUUUCUUGUGCUAUUGUCCAUAGUAUAUUUUUCGGAGAGCAUCAACGAGUAUGCGGCUGCGAAUUGGAAAACAUUCUCGAAGCAGCAAUACUUUGAUGACAACGGUUUGUUUAUCUCCACCGUCUUUUCCAUACCAAUAUUACUGAACUGCAUGCUGUUGAUUGGCACUUGGUUGUACAACUCAACACAGAUGAUGGCCACGUUGAAGACGGCUCAGCUCAAGGAGCGGGCGCGAAGGGAGCGCAACGCUAAUAAUAGUACAGCUGGCACGCCCACAUGCCCGGAUAAGCCUUUAAAAUCAGACUAAUCGGAAUACGUUACGUGUUGUUCACUCAAUUAAUUAUUGAAGCCAUUAUCGGAUGUCAGGUGUACUUGCAAUGCUUUUAUUUGUUUAUAUGUGUUGCGCCCUUAUUUGUAAUGAUAAUAAAGCAGUCAGCGUAGUGAGUAAAAA